AUGGCUUCCAGAAGCAUGAACAUCAAACAUCAUCACAGCCUCUUCUCAUCACGGACCUCAGCUCAUUUCCUACAAAUCAUCCUGGACGGAGAGCCUCGCACUCUGAACCACGGCACAGACAACGCAACGUCCGGUGUGGCUUCGGGUCACUUCCGGCUCCGUCCUUCGCUCCGUCGCCAAUGUCAAUGCGCAUGUUGGGCCCUGUGGGCGGAGGACGAAGUGUACGCAGGACCGAGUACACUGUACUCGGUCCUCCGUACACAGGAUAACGUCGAAGCGCCCGUCGUGGGACAUCAAGAUAAAGUCACCCCAACGGCCGCAGAACAAACCUUACCUUGCAACAUGCAGCACUAUCUUACCGAGCAACUAAUUACACCACCAACCCCGAUCCUGGCUUAUUUUAGCACACUACCUAUGCAGACUCGACGCCACGUCUUUUCGGCUACUUUCUUCCAUCUGCCUCCAAGCCUUCGAGAACAAGCUUCGAGAAUGAACUUUGCGUGUUCUAUUGUUCCUGAGACAGCGGCGUCAGAUGGUCUCAUCCAGAAACCUUCAUCUGCACCGCAGGCAAAACGUACAACGUACAACGUACAGAAGAAGCGCAGCUGA